CGGCACGAAGAGCGGGGGAGCCCUGAGGCGGCUCCUGAGGCGGCCGCGAGGGGCCGGGGCCGCGGCGGGAAAGCGGCGGAGGGGCCAGCGAGGCGGGGCCGGGGCCGCAGGGAAGGAAGGAGGCAGGGAGGGGAGCGGCCGGGGCUGCCGGGCCCCGCGUCUGCCCUGCCCUCAGCGCCCCGGGACCGCCUUGUCUGCGCUGCUCGAUGGCUGAGCUGCUUCUGCCCUCUCGGAGUUGAAGAUGUCUAAAAAGAAGCUGAAGAAAUUAACUGGCAAAGAAGGCUGUUUGGAUGACCGGGAUGACAAAAACUCUGAAGACACAAGAUCUUGCAACCAUGCCAUGAAAGGAGAGACAGAAUUUAAGAGGUUCAAAAUAGAGAAAGAUGGACGAGAGAAGAAGCGAGACCGAAGUUCUAAGAGUUCUCAUGACACUGGUAGAAGAUCCCAAGAAAAAUCUCCAAAUAGAAGCAAAACUAAACACAAUUUUUUAAUCCAAACUGAAAAGCAAAAGAAAAUAGUUAUCGAAUUUAAAGCCAAAGAAAUUAAACAUGGGAAAAGUACACGCGCUCCUGAUGUAGCAACUACUAGCAGGGAAAGCUGGAGCAAAAGCUGUUUUGAUGGAACAGAAAGCAAAAGAGUCUUGCAUAGCUUUGCAGUUCAGAGGGACAAGGCACUGAAGAAAAAGAAAGAGAAAGCUGAACUCUGCAAGCUAAAGGUGGAACAAACUAUGUUGGAAAAAUUUAAGUCACCUGUAUACGAUUUACAUGUGCCACAUAGAAAGUCAGAUGGAUCAAAAAAACAGAGUGAAGAUGACAGAAUUCCAAAAAUGCCACCUGACACCUCGACAAGGACUGCACAUGACAACAGGCCUUUCACUAAGAAGCCAAAUACAACUUCUAGGACCUGGGAAGAGGCGUAUGAAGAAGAGUAUAAGGAACUUUCUAAGAAGAAACAGCAUGUGAAUAAACAUGCACCAUCACACUCUUCAGCCCCAGCGCCGCAGCGCCGGGACUCUUGCAAACGGAAAAAACAGGAUCCUGAUUCUGAUAAAGCUCCUGGUAAUUCAGAGACUGAAGAAAGGGACUUGGAAGCCACAGCAUUAUGUUUUAAGAAGAAUGCUGAGGUCCCCUGCACCUCUGACUCCUACCAGGAUGGUGAGGUCAUAAAGCCUGCCCAGAAGAGCUGUGAAAUCUUUCCACCUCCUCAAGGUAGUCAGGCCACAGAAACAGACCAAGAGAUGCAGAUAGCUGAAGAUCUGCACGUUGCUCGUAUUCAAAAGAGGAUGGCCCUGCCUGUAGUACAGACUUGUGGAGAACUUACAAGUAUGGAAAUAGAUCCUCCAGAGCAGGAUUUAAAUGUUUCUGCUGAGGCUUGUACUUCUGGUCUGAACAUGUUAGUGGUGAUUGACACAAAUAUAAUGAUUAGUCACCUUGAGUUUGUCAUAUCCCUGAAAGCUGAGGAUAUACCAGGAGUUGGCAGACUUGCAUUAAUAAUUCCUUGGGUCGUUCUACAAGAGUUGGACAACUUGAAGAAGGGAAAAAUGUUGCAGCAUGUCCGGGACAAAGCUAUCCCUGCAGUCCAGUUCAUCUACAAGUGUCUCAAAAACCAAGAUCCGAAAUUGUGGGGGCAAUCCAUGCAGCUUGCUUGUCAAAAAAUGUACGGCCUGAGUUACGAGAACAAUGACGAUCGUGUUUUGCAGUGUUGUCUGCAGUAUCAGAACCUCUUCCCUCAAGGUGUUGUCAUACUCUGCACGGAUGAUAAAAAUUUAUGUAACAAAGCCAUUGUGAGUAACAUCAAGGCAUUCUGCAAAGCUGAUUUGGUUAUUGCUCUGCAGAAUCUGAAUGUAAACAAGCACCAGAAGUGUGAUGAGCUGCAACUGUCAAAAUGUGAUACAGAGUUGGAGAAAACAGAAGGAGGCAGUGCUGCUCCUACUGGGCAAUUCCCAAAUAUACUUCCACACCUUGAGAAGAACUUAGGAGAAGCUUUAUCUUGCAUUUUGGAGACUGAAAUGAAAAUAGCAUUUGGAAACCUAUGGAUGGAGAUCCUUUAUCUGAAGCCACCAUGGACAUUAGCAAACUUGCUGAAGUGUUACAGAAAGCACUGGAUGGCUGUUUUCGGUUGUAUUGUGCCAAGGAAUUUACUUUCAGCCGUUGAUUGUCUCUAUAAUCACCUUUGUACAGGAGGCCCCCUUGACUCCUCAACAAUGCAUCUCUUGCUCCAGGAAUCCAAAGCAUUAUUCCAUGCUUUCAGUUCAAGGUCAGACUAUAAUGGUGUCCUUCCCCGGGCUUAUGCUGAACUGACUAAGUUGUUCCAGACACUUAAAGAGGUGAGGUCAAACAGUGAGCAGGAUUUACCAGAAGACGUCAUGGUUUUUUCAGAAACUGCUGGAUGUGAAAAAAUGGAAGCAGUGACACCAAGUCAGCAAAACUCUGAAGAAACUAAGUUAGAAUCCAGCUUUCAUGUGCCUCAGGAAAACAGGCACCAGGAAAUCUGGUCAGUCCUUGAAGGUCUGUGGAAUACAAUCAACUCGUACAGUAAUGAAAUUUUCCAAAAGUUGGACCUCAAUGCCCUAACUACAACAGGAAGGUCUUCAUUUGAAGAAGCUUUCUUAGGUCUGCAGAAACUGUUGGCAGCUGUGAGUGAUAUCCAUGGAGGGAUUAGUAGAAUUUUGACCCCAACCAGUAGUUUCCAGGAUAUUUGGACCCUCUAUGACUUCCUCACAAGCAACGAGAUAAAUAACAGUAUAAAAUUCACUGCAGAGGAGCUUUAUGAGUGUGUUUCAGAAGAGACAUAUCGGAAGCGGCUGGAGGUGGGCUGUUGCCAGCUGGCUCAGCUGGAGCUCACCAUCAAGCAGUGUCACGCCGUGGUUCACACUGAAGCCAAGAGCAGGGGCUGGCUGUGACACGGGGACCAGGGUUUGGAGCUGCAGCUUUUAUCCCCCACGUUCACCUUGUGCAAGCGGGAAAUGUUCAAGGAGCCAUGAAUCUGGCUGUUCCUGAGGGUGCUUUUUUCUAUUCAGGCUGCAGGAAAAAAAAAGAAAAAGCAAGUAUCUCUUAACAUCUAUACAUUAAAAAUCAGCUUUUCCACUAAGAGUCACAAGCAGAUGGAAUUGUCUGUCCGAAGCGAGGGUCUCCGGAUGGAUACAGCUGGUUUGGCAUCCAUUAGAUGCUCCGGCUGCUGUGCCCAAGUCCAGGCAUUCACCUUGGGGCCUGGUCUGCUACUGGUUGUGCAGGAAAACCCACCGGAGGUGUUUGUUUGGCUGGUAUUGAGAAGUGACAGCUGAGGAGCAAGAAGCUACCGUGGCAGCGGGGGGGCUGGAAGGUGCUGGACACAGCCCGACACCCACCGCGUCUGCCCCCACGCCGGGCAGGAAGGACUCAUGCAAUAUAUGUACCCUAUACAGUGCACUGAGGCCUGAGAGAGGACAUGGGAGGGGGGGAAAGGGAUUGAUGCUCUUAUUUUUAAAAAAAACAAACAACAAACCAAAACAACCCACCCCCAGGCAGGUGUGUUUGUCCUGGGCCUCAUUUCAGAGGAAAGGGAUGUUUCUGCUGAAACAUCCCCUCCCGCAGCACCUGCCAGCACCACUCCUCGGGAACCUCGCAGCCUUCUCUUUGGCCACCCUCUCUUGCAAAGGCAGAAGUGGUUUUCUCUCUGUGGUUGACACUCUGUGACUCAACUCCUCCCUGCUCGCCAGGUGACAUCUCUGUUUGAAUGUGGUUUGUGCUUUUCCAAACCUGCUUUCAGUCCCUGACACUUUCCAAAAGCCUUUGUUCAGUGCUGCUCUGGCCUUUAAAGCUACCUCUUCCAUGUAUGGAUUUGUACAGAGACGAGAGGACUGGCAACAUUCUAGAAGCCUUUAUUUUAUUAACUUUUGGAUGUAUUUGUAAAAUCUUUGUUGUAAAAAUGUAAUUUAUUGUUCCAGUAAAUGGCUGUUAAUUCUA